GCCAAACUGCACUGUUUUGCAAACCUUCGGCGUUGAGAAAAAAACUCGCAAACAAAAAAUGCUUCCUCCGAUUGUCUCCAGACGCCUUAACCCCUACCCUCUUCUCUCUCGCAUCCACUUCCUCUUCUCAUCCUCUCAAUCUUUCUCCACCAAACCCAUUUCAGAUUCGCACUCCAAUCCCUCAAAAGCCCUCUCGGACCCCGCUACUGUUUGCGAGACCCUCUCCUCCUACUGCAACGACUGGGAGCGGGCGUUCGAGUUCUUCAACUGGGUCGAAACCCAGUUGCACUUCCAACACAACACCGAUACUUGCAAUCGUAUGCUCGAUAUUCUUGGUAAGUUCUUCGAAUUCGAGCGCUCUUGGGACUUGAUUCGUCAAAUGAAAACAAACCCAUCAGGGAGGCCAAACCACGCCACAUUUCGCAUAAUGUUUAAGCGCUAUAUAUGUGCGCAUUUAGUUAAAGAAGCUCUAGAUAUGUAUGAUUCUUUAGAAGAGUUUGAUUUGAAGGAUGAGACGUCGCUUUGUAAUCUUAUUGACGCGUUAUGCGAGUACAAGCAUGUGCUUGAGGCCCAAGACCUGUGUUUUGGAAAGAACAAGAAGUUCAAUGUGAAUGUGAGUAAUACGAAGAUUCAUAAUAUGAUUCUUCGCGGGUUUUUUAAGAUGGGGUGGUGGAGUAAGUGUAGGGAGUUUUGGGAAGACAUGGAUAAAAAAGGUGUUCGUAAAGAUUUGCAUUCAUAUUCGAUAUACAUGGAUAUAAUGUGCAAAAGUGGGAAGCCAUGGAAGGCUGUGAAAUUGUAUAAGGAGAUGAAGAAGAAGGGGAUAAAGUUGGAUGUGGUGGCGUACAAUACGGUUAUUCGUGCUAUUGGUGUUUUGGAGGGCGUGGAUUGUUCAGUUCGGGUAUUUAGGGAAAUGAGGGACUUGGACUGUAAGCCUAAUGUUGUGACUUAUAAUACAAUUAUAAAGCUGUUCUGUGAAAGUGGGAGAUAUAAAGAUGCGUAUGAGUUGCUCGAUCGAAUGCAUGACUGGGGUUGUGCACCAGAUGUGAUGACAUACAACUGCAUUUUCAGGUGUCUUGAGAAGCCCAAGGAGAUUCUUCGACUGUUUGAUAGGAUGAUUGAAAGUGGGGUUCAUCCGCGUAUGGACACUUGUGUGAUGCUUCUGAGAAAAUUUGGGAGAUGGGGGUUUCUUCGACCAGUUUUUAUUGUAUGGAAGAAGAUGGAGAAACUUGGAUGUAGUCCGGAUGAGUCUGCUUACAAUGCUUUAAUUGAUGCUUUGGUGGAGAAAGGAAUGGUAGAUAUGGCCCGGAAGUAUGAUGAAGAGAUGUUAGCAAAAGGGCUCUCAGCUAAACCAAGGGCUAAGCUGGAGCAGAACGCAGAAUCUCUUGACAGGGAUUUGUGAGAAGCAGAUUUAUUGAGGUUGGUAUUGAUGUGUAAUUGGCAGACAUGGAUCUGACAGAUGGGCCUGCGUCUGUCCAGAAUCUGUAGCUGGGAAUAAUAUGGUACCUAAUAGGUGGGAUGAUGGUUAGCACAGACAUGCAAGGUGGGUAUGCCUCAUGAUCAUGAGAAAGACUGCUAGCUAGAAGGUGAAGAGUUCACUGCAAUAAUUGACUGUUUGGGAUAGCCUUGUUCUAUAAGUGGAUGUUUGUUCCCUGUACAAAAAAGGAUGUUAAAGGUUUUCCAGCAUAUGGAUAUUCACAUCAUCUACACAAGCCCUAGGUGGAUGCUCUCGGAAUGCUGUCCAUGAAAGAUGGUGCCCUCUUGCCUUUAUAGUGUCUAUAGAGGAACAAAAAAAUGAUAGAAAUUUCG